GCGGCGCGGCUGCUGACCGACCCGGCGUCACAGGACUGGCAGGACCACCGCGCUGCCGACGAGGGCGGCCGCUGCUCGCACGCCGUGCAGUGGUGGUGGCUGCACCUACAGGCGUUGUGUCGCGACGCCAAACGCCAUCUGUCUGCCGCGCUGGCCGACGAGCUGCUGGUUGAGCUGCUGACACUAUCGCUGGGCCAGAUCACCGUCCACUACGGCCAGGUGACGCUGGCGUCGGAAGAGCGCACGGCGCAGCUGCGCGUCGACCUCGUGGCCGUGCUGCUGUGCGUCUCCGAGCUAGUGCUGGCGGUGGCGACGGCACCCGAGCAGCUGUUCGCCGCUGAGGAGGACGGCUCGCCGGCCGCUCUGGUGGCCGCCCAGUGUCGUGCCCUGCUGCUUCUGCUCGGCCACCUGGCGGCGCCGCUCAAGAUAGUGCUCUGGAACCAGCGGCGGCCGCUCUGGCUGCAGGCGCUGGUCGACCUGGUGCGGCCGCUGCUGGCCACGGCCGUGGCGGCGUUGGUCGAGGACGUGCAGGAGGGCACGCCGCAGGGCGCCGAGCCGCUGGCCGUGCCGGCCGCCGCGCCGCCGCUCGGCCUCGGCGUGCACGUGCUGCUCAGCGGGCUGUACGACCUGCUCAACGACCAGGAGGUGGUGAUGGGCCUGGCGGCGCCGGGCCAGGAGCGUCGUGUUGCCGACGCGCUCGUGGCCGUCGGCGAGACGCUGUGUCGGCUGGGGCCGGGGCUGCAGCACGAGACGACCGCACUUGCCGAGGUACUCGGCCUGCUGGCCGGCUCGCCGCCGCCGCUACCUGCUGCUGUGCCUCGGUAG